AUGGCUCAGGAUCCUCAUCGCAUUUCUCAACUAAUUCAAACCCUCGAAGCUGCAAAAUACAAAGGACGGCCGAAAGGCAAAAAAGGAUUCUCUUGCAAGAAGGCAACGUUCCAAGUUGAAGGCACCCAGGGCAUCACGGUUGACUCGUGGCGUUUCAAUGACUGGGACUACAAGCGAGAUGACCUUCCUACCUAUGCUCGUGGGCUCUUCACCACCAGGAGAUCCGACGGUAGUCCAGAGAUUGCCGUCCGAGGAUACGACAAAUUCUUCAACGUCGACGAAGUCCCCAAAACAAAGUGGGUCAACAUUGAGAACGACACUACCGGGCCUUACGAGUUGAGUGUUAAAGAGAAUGGUUGCAUCAUCUUUAUGUCUGGACUUGAAGAUGGCACUUUACUAGUUUGCAGCAAGCAUUCUACGGGCACGCGCGGCGAUGUCGACCAGAGUCAUGCCAGUGUUGGGGAGAAAUGGAUCAAGAGACACGUCGAAAGUGUGGGCAAGACCACACGUCAGCUAGCAGAAGCCUUGAGAGAGAUGAAUGCUACGGCGGUCGGCGAGUUGUGUGACGACUCAUUCGAAGAACACGUCCUCGAGUACCCCCCCGAAGCGGCGGGGCUGUACCUUCACGGCAUCAACUUCAAUCUCCCCGAGUUUGUCACCUUAUCCGGCUCGGAGGUGCACCAGUUUGCUGAUACAUGGGGUUUCAAAAAGGCACAGUAUGUCAUGAUCCAGUCACUGGAUGAGGUCAAAGAGUUCCUGGAGAAAUGUGGUGAGACUGGUUCCUGGGAAGGACGAGACACGGAAGGGUUCGUGGUCAGAUGCAAGAAGAGAAGCAGGGAUCGGUCACUUGCGCCGGACUGGUUCUUCAAAUACAAAUUCGAAGAGCCCUAUCUGAUGUAUCGGCAAUGGCGUGAAUGUACGAAAGCUAUCAUUGCCGGAAAUCCACCCAAGUACAAGAAGCACCAGAAGAUUACCGAAGCGUACUUGCAAUAUGCACGGCGCCAACUAGCCAGAGAUCCAUCGUUGGCCAAAGAAUAUAACAAGAACCACGGAAUCAUCAAGAUGCGUGAUGGGUUUCUUGCGGACAUCGGCCAGAAGGGAUCUGACAUCAUCGCCAAAGAACGUGCUGAAGGAGACGGAGCUGGGCAUGAUGUGUCUGUCAGCGACAUCGUCCUUGUUCCCAUCGCCUCGAUCGGAUGUGGCAAGACCACCGUUGCAACUGCACUGGUAAAACUUUUCGAUUUUGGUCACGUACAGAACGACAAUAUCCAGGGUCAAAAAGGUCGACCAGGCCGGUUCGCUGCUGCGGUAGUCCAUGCCAUGGCAAAUCACAAAGUGGUGAUUGCCGACCGUAACAACCAUCAACGCCGGGAGCGACAGCAGAUCAUGGAUGAUGUCAGCAAAGUGAUGCCGAAUGCGAGAUUUGUGGCAUUACACUACGUCCAUGAGCCCAAGGAUCGAAUGCUCGACGAUAUUCGCAAAGUCACCCGUCAGCGUGUGCUUGACCGUGGAGACAAUCAUCAAACUAUCCGGGCCGGAAGCAAAAGUCCGGAGGAGAUCAUUGGGAUCAUGGAAGGGUUCUUGGAACGCUUUCAGGGCUGCGACAGGAGCACACUCCCGGAUGCCGACUUCGACGAAGUAAUCGAUCUGGACGUUUGUGCGUCUUCUCUGGAAAACUUGGAGACAGUCGUCACCCAUCUUUACAAUGCAUACCCUGGACUCCUCCCGGAAGAAAUGCCGAGUGAUGAGGACAUGCAAGCCGCGAUUGACUAUGCCAUGGGCAGUGAAGUCACGACCAAGCAUGACCUCUCAUUCGGCAAGUCCACGAAUGGAGAGAAGCCGCACAGGCAGAAGAUGCCUGUCCAAAGUCGGCACGAGGAAAAGCCGCUUACAUUAGAACAACUAACGGGCAAGCUUGAAUAUUUCAGCAUAUCGGUGCCAACCAACAACAUUGAAUCCAUUCUAACCUCCAUGUUCGACCACGCUCCGGCAGAAGAAGCCCGCAUGUACCGCAUGCUGAAACAGUCGCGACGCAUUCAGAAUGACUUCCACGUGACAUUAAUCCACCGAGCAUCUGCUACCCAAGAUCCGCAACUGUGGGAAAUGUACAUGGAAGAAUAUCGCAAAGCACUGGCUGCGAACGAUCUCAAGAACAAGAAUCAGCUGACGCCCAAUCUCGGACAAGCACGAGUCAAGCUGGAGAGAGUGGUCUGGGACGACCGGAUCAUGGCAUUUGUUGUCCGCAUCUAUCCUGGUGGCGAAGGACCUUCGUGGCGCAGUGUCAAUGCAAUCACACAUAUCACUGUGGGAACAGCAGGGCCGGAUAUCAAGCCAAAGGAGAGCAACGACAUGCUGGCUCAGUGGGAGGCAGGUGAGACGAAAGGGAGAUUGAUUCACGACAAAGAAGUGCCGGGAGCCGUGGUUUUGGACGGGAACGUCAAAGCUGUGCUUCAACGCAACUUUGCGAGUGGGAGAUAG